CGGGGGGAACGGAAGGCUAGGUGUCUGAGUGUUGGGGGGAAGGGGACGGAUGAGUUUGGCGCAAAGCCUGCCGGGGUAUGGAGUCCCGGUGAGCUUUGUGCGCAUGUGCGACGAGUGAGGGGGCUUGGGGGGCCUCGUCUAGGAGAGUGAGGCGCUGCUGUCCCCGCAGGACUCGCAGACCCCCAUGGAGGUCCCGUCACCCCAGCCCGUGAAGCAGGAAGGCCAGACGGCCGAGGGCCUGACCCUGGACUCGCCGUGGCACCGCUUUCGCCACUUCCACCUGGGCGACGCGCCGGGUCCCCGCGAGGCGCUGGGGCUGCUGCGCGCCUUGUGCCGAGACUGGCUGCGGCCCGAGCUGCACACCAAGGAGCAGAUGCUGGAGCUGCUGGUGCUGGAGCAGUUCCUGAGCGCGCUGCCCGCCGACGUCCAGGCCUGGGUGUGCAGCCGGCGGCCCCGGAGCGGGGAGGAGGCCGUGGCCCUGCUGGAGGAGCUCUGGGGACCAGCAGUGAGGACACCUCAGCAUGUGACAGAAGGCUCUGGGGUGAGCGCUGGAAAGGAUGAUGUUGGGAUGAUGCCCUUAGGAGAUGCGACCCCCGGGGUGGAGGUGCUGGCGACGGGGGACGCCCAGGCCACGCGUCCCUACAAGCAGGAGCCGGGCAGCCCUCCACCGGCUCCCGCGGCCCCUGCGCCCGGCCUAUCCCCCUUCCUGGCGGCGGCGGCGGCGGCCCCGGGCACCACCUCCUGCCCCGAGUGCGGCAAGGCCGCCCUGAAGCCCGCGCACCUGCUGCGCCACCGGCAGAGCCACUCGGCCGAGAAGCCGCACGCCUGCCCCGAGUGCGGCAAGGCCUUCCGGCGCAAGGAGCACCUGCGGCGCCACCGCGGCACGCACCCCGGCGGCCCCGGGCCGGCCCUGCGCCCGCUGCCCGCGCGCGAGAAGCCGCACGCCUGCUGCGAGUGCGGCAAGACCUUCUACUGGCGCGAGCACCUGGUGCGCCACCGCAAGACGCACUCGGGGGCGCGGCCGUUCGCCUGCUGGCAGUGCGGCAAGGGCUUCGGGCGCCGCGAGCACGUGCUGCGCCACCAGCGCAUCCACGGCCGCGCGGCGGGCGGCGCGGGCGCGUGCGCGGCGGCGGGCCCCGGCGGCGGGGGCCCCUUCCCGGCCUGGCCGCUGGGGUAGCAGCCGCCGCGCCCGCCGCCCGGCCCCUCCCCGGCCCGCAGCCCCCUGCUCCUGCGCCGGCUCCAGUCGGAACCUUUGUUUCUUCGGCUCCUUCUGUCCCAGGCCACACGGCCCUAUCCGGUUGUCGCGGCCUGCCAGGCCGUCCCACUCCGUGCAGGUGCGCCCGCGAGCCCGCCGCCCCCGUCCUCUCCACCUGCCGUGCGGGGCCCAGCGAGGCCGGCCGGAGCCCAGGAGAGGAG